AGCUGUUGAGUGUCUCUGGGGGACUGGGGCAGCUUUACCAUUGAUCUCAUUUACCAAAUAGGUCGUGAUUGUGAGUUGAGCCAGAGUGAGAGCGAGCGAGCAAGCGAGCAAGGGUCUGACUUAGCCCUGGUAUUGUUGGAGUCAGCCUGCUGUGAGGAAACUCUCAAACCAGAUCACCGCCAAGCCAGGUCUACACGUAUUCACGUAACCAGGUGGAGUGAGAGCUGAAGCCCGGUCGCCAUGUCGAUGAGAGUGAUGAGCACGAGUACGAGCACAGUGACCACGGAGCAGAGGUCGGAUAUGGGGACGACCAGGGUCUCCAAGGUCACUCGUGUCACCAAGGUCACCACCGGGGAAGAGUUUGAGCAGGUUCGCAGGAAGUCAUCUGUCACCCUGCAGAGCCUGAGCGUGGAGACCCACUCUGCCACCAUCCCACCAGGAGAAACCAUCCCCCAGUUUAAUGAGAAGCCAAUUUCUGUGACAGCCCAGGAAGGUAAGGAGGCGGUGUUCAAGGUGAAGGUCAAAGGCAAUCCGAAGCCCAGCGUUACGUGGAAGCGAGCGAGCAACAAGCCACUCCGAGAGGGAGCCAGGAUCAGCUUUGACAACGUCACAAAGGAGAAUAUCCUGAAGAUCGAGAACCUGACAGCGGAUGAUGAAGACGCCUACAAGUGUAUUGCCUCUAACGUGCACGCUGACUGUACCUACACUGUGUCGCUGUCUGUGACGGAGAUUCAGGACAAACAGGUCAACUUCCGCACAAUGCUGAAGAAAAGGUCUGCUCCUGCCCCUCGCGAGGAACGGAAGGUUCCGGAUGAGAAGGAGAUGUGGGAGAUUCUGGUGAAGGCAGAUAAGAAGGAUUACGAGCGAAUCUGUAUUGAGUACGGCUUCACCGAUUUCAGGGGAAUGCUGAAACGCCUGAAGGAAAUGAAGAAGAAAGUGGACACGGAGAAGGUGAAGAUUCUGAAGCCUCUUGAAGACCAGGAAGGAAAAGUGGACUCGGUUGUGAUCUUUGAAACCAUCCUGGAGCUGAAAGACCCCAACAUUAAGAUGAAUUGGUUCAAGGGCGCAGAGCCAAUCCGGACGCAGUUCUCUCUGGGAAAGUACGAACUGAAGCAGGUGGGGACCAAGUACCAGCUGGUGGUGAAGAACGUGAGCAUGAAGGACUCCGGCAUGUACAGCCUGCAGGUGGCCGACAAGAGGAUGAGUGCAGUGCUCAAUGUCGUAGAUGAGCCACUGAAGUUUGUGUCGGAGUUGAAGCCAGUGACGGUGACAGAACGACAGACGGGGGUGUUUGAGUGCAAACUCACUAAGCGGGUGGAUGGAGUGCUGUGGCGGUGGAACGGCGCCGAGCUGAAGCGUGACGAGAAGCAUGACAUCACUGUGUCCGAGGACGGCCUGACCCACACCCUCAAGGUCAAGGACGUGCGUCCCAGUGACCUGGGCCUCUACAGCGUCUGUGUCGGCGACAAAACCUCAUCUGGCCAGAUGCUCAUAGACCGGACUCCUAUCCAGUUCCCGAGUGCCCUGAAGAACGUGCGAGUGCGUGAGAAGGGAAAGGCACGACUGGAGUGCGAGCUCAGCUCCAAGGACGUUCACAUCAAGUGGCUGCGGAACGGCCAGGAGAUCAAGCGAUCCCCCAAAGUCCACUUCAUCCGCGAGGGCCGGCGCGCAGAGCUCAUCAUCGAGGACGCGGAGCUGGCUGAUUCCGGGGAUUACACCAUCGUGGCCACACAGGACAGCGACCCCCGAGAGUAUCCAAGCUCAGCCAGCCUGACCGUGGAGGAUCGCUUUGCCACAGUGAAGAGCGGGAUGUCUGACUGCAGCCCACAAACAGGGCAGAAUGCAGAGUUCUGCGUGGUGCUGAACGAUGAGAAGGUGGAUGGGGUCUGGCUAAAAGAUGGAAAAGAGUUGACUGAUAAGGACGGGGUGCAGGUGGUGAAGCAGGGGGCGGUGCACAAGCUGGUAUUCAGCAAUGUGGGCGAGAAACACGAGGGGAAAUACACAUUCCGAGCGAAGGGAGCGGAGAGCGAAGCCAUACUGAGCAUUGCAGACCCCCCGGUGAUUGAUGCGGACUUGCUGGCGCUCUUAGCGAAGGAGCCGAUCACGGUGAAAGCCGGGCAGACGGCAACCAUCAAGAUCCCGUUCCAUGGGAAGCCAGUGCCGAAGAUCAGCUGGUUCCGUGACGGGCUGGAGGUGUGUGAGGACGAGAAGACAGAGCUGGAGAAGAGCCCCACACAGGCCGUACUGGUGCUCAAAGCCUGUGUGAGGGAGGAUAGCGGCAAUAUCCUGCUCAAACUCAAGAGUGACUGUGGCACUGCUGUGGCCAACCUACACCUCAAUGUCAUCGACAAGCCAAAGCCGCCGCACGGGUCGUUGGAGUUCCUGGAGCACACAGGCCAGUGUGUGAGUAUGAAGUGGAAAGCCCCACGGGACAACGGGGGCAAACAGGUGACCAGCUUUGUAGUGGAGCGGAAGCUGGUGGGGAAGAAGUCCUGGGUGAAGGUGGGUGAGGUGGACAGCAAGACUACCAGCUUCUCCACUAACAAGGUGGAGGAGGGCACCGCAUACCAAUUCCGUGUGCGUGCCGUCAACAGCGAGGGCAUCAGCGAUCCCCUGGUUUCAGAUGAGGUCUUCGCAGGGGAUCCCAUUGAGUCGCCGGGAAUGCUCGCGCCCCCCCAGCUGGUGGACGCCAGGAAGGACGCCAUCACCAUCACCUGGGCUCCCCCUGGCCUCGACGGUGGGGCUCCCAUCCUCGGCUACAUCGUGGAGAGACGCAAGAAAGGCAGCAACGUCUGGGUCCCCGCAUCCAAAGAGCCAAUCCAAGGCACCAAAUUCACUGCGGGUGGGCUAGUGGAAGACAUGGAGUACGAGUUCCGAGUGACCGCAGUGAACCGUGCAGGCCCCGGCAUUCCCAGCUCAGCCUCCAUCCCCGUGAUGGCCAAGGACCCGAUCCGGGCUCCGGGGCUGGUGAAGAAUAUCAAUGUGACGGAUUCUACGAACUCCAGUGUGUCCCUGGCGUGGGAGAAGCCGGAGCAGGGAGACGAGCCCCAAGGCUACAUCCUGGAGAUGAGGGCCGGGGAGAGCAAGGAAUGGACCAAGUGCAGUAAGAUCCCCAUUACCAGCACCAGCUACACUGUGGGCGGACUGCAGGAGAGAAACAAGUACUUCUUCCGCAUCCGGGCUGUCAACGAGGGCGGCGUGGGCGAGCCCAAGGAGCUGGACAGGGGCGUGUAUGCCAUGCCACCCCCAGCUCCUCCCCGGUUCCUGGACGCGCGGAUGCCAAGCAGUAUGGUGGUGCGCGCCGGCUCUGCGCUCUGUAUGAACGUCGGCUUCUCGGGUUCUCCUCCGCCCACAGUCAUGUGGCUGAAGGAUGGGACGCCGGCAAAAGGCAAAGAAACGAUCACGAAGGGGCCAAAGAUGUCUCAGUUCCUGGUGCCAAGUGCCCAGCGCUCAGACUCAGCCUUGUACCGCAUCCUGCUGAGGAAUGAGUACGGGGAAAAAUACCACGAUCUCAGAGUGAGGGUGGCAGGUACGCCAGCGCCCAGAGUGGGCACGGUGUGCGCCUGCUUCAGAGCGGUCACACCGAUAGUGGUGAUCGUGAUGGUCAUGAUGAUGGCCUGCAUCGAUGAGAACCUGGAGAUGGUGAAGUUCCUGGUGGAACACGGAGCCAACAUCAACCAACCGGACAAUGAAGGUUGGACGUCCCUGCACGCAGCAGCUUCCUGCGGCUUCAGGGCCAUCACCGAGUAUCUGGUCAAGGAAGGAGCAGACGUGUCUGCAGUGAACAGUGAGGGCGAACUCCCUCUGGACCUCGCGUCGGAGGAUGGGGUCACACGGCUCCUACAGGCGGCCAUCAACCAGCAGGGGGUGGAUGUGUCGAGUGCCCGUGGCGCUGAGGAGGUGCUGAUGACUGUGGAUGCCCGGCAGUGGCUGAACUCAGGGACCGUCCGCGACGUCCGUCACCCGGUAUCAGGGGCCAGCGCCCUGCACGUGGCGGCCGCCAAGGGCUACCUGGGGGUCAUCAAGCUGUUGCUGCAGGCUGGCUGUGAUGUUCAUUCUGUGGACGCUGAUGGCUGGACUCCACUCCACGCAGCCUCACACUGGGGCCAGGCCGAGGCUUGCCGCUUAGUGGCUGAUAGCGUGAGCCUGUCAGCAACCAGCACCAUGGGUCAGACUCCGUUCGAUGUUGCCGAAGAAAACCUUUUGGAAAUACUGGAGGAGAUACAGCAACAACAGAGACUGAAGAUGGAGAAGGAACAAAAAGCUGAUGUCCGGGGAUCGCUGAUCGACUCAAACCCUUUCCAGCCACCGCAACGCAGAGCUCGGAGCAAGGAAAAGGUCUGGAUCCAGGACAAGGAGCGCAGGCCCCUGGAGCCCGUGCCUCUGCCUCCUCUUGAACAUGAGGAGACAAGGAGCAGAGAGAAGCGGCAAAGUUCCUAUCACAAGCCGUCCCACAUCGGGCCUGGAGCAGAGACGGAAAAGGCCAAGUCUCACCAAGCCAGGAAAGGUCAUAACUCAGGCAGCUCAAUCAACCCUGGCAACGGCAUCACCAACCCUGGCAACACCAACCCUGGCAUCGGCAUCACCAACCCUGGCAUCACAACCCUGGCAACACCAACACUGGCACUGGCAUCACCAACCUUGGCAUCGCCAAGAUGGGCAUCACCAACCCUAGCACCGGCAGAAUGGGCAUCACCAACCCUAGCACUGGCAGAAUGGGCAUCACCAACCCUAGCACUGGCAAAAUGGGCAUCACCAACCCUAGCACCGACAAAAUGGCAUCACCAACCCUGGCACUGGCAGAAUCAGCAUCACCAACCCUGGCAUCACCAACCCUAACACGGGUAGGAUAGGCAUCACCAACCCUGGCAUCACUGACUCUAGCACCGGUAGGAUGGGCAUCACCAAU